AUGGGCAGCGCCAGCCCGGGCCUGAGCAGCGUGGCCCCCGGCCGCCUCCUGCUGCCCCCCGACGCUGUGUUGCGCACAGGCGUGGAAAAGGCGGCCGCGGGGGCGGUGGGGCCCGAGAGACGGGACUGGAGCCCCAGCCCGCCUGCCACGCCUGACCAGGGCCUGUCUGCCUUCUACCUCUCCUACUUUGACAUGCUGUACCCUGAGGAUGGCAACUGGGCCACCAAGGGCCCCGGGGCCAGCUCUCGGGAGGAGCCACCUGAGGAGCCCGAGCAGUGCCCUGUCAUCGACAGCCAAGCCCCGGGGGGCAGCCUCGACUUGGCACCGGGGAGUCUGACCCUGGAGGAGCACUCGCUGGAGCAGGUGCAGUCCAUGGUGGUGGGCGAGGUGCUUAAGGACAUUGAGACAGCCUGUAAGCUGCUCAACAUCACCGCAGACCCCGUGGACUGGAGCCCUGGCAACGUGCAGAAGUGGCUCCUGUGGACAGAGCACCAGUACCGGCUGCCCCCCGUGGGCAAGGCCUUCCAGGAGCUGGGGGGCAAGGAGCUGUGCGCCAUGUCGGAGGAGCAGUUCCGCCAGCGCUCACCUCUGGGUGGGGACGUGCUGCACGCCCACCUGGACAUCUGGAAAUCAGCGGCCUGGAUGAAAGAGAGGACUUCUCCUGGGGCGAUCCACUACUGCGCUUCCACCAGCGAGGACAGCUGGACCGACAGCGAGGUGGACUCCUCCUGCUCCGGGCAGCCCAUCCACCUGUGGCAGUUCCUCAAGGAGCUGCUGCUCAAGCCCCACAGCUACGGCCGCUUCAUCCGGUGGCUCAACAAGGAGAAGGGCAUCUUCAAAAUUGAGGACUCCGCUCAGGUGGCCCGGCUGUGGGGCAUCCGCAAGAACCGGCCGGCCAUGAACUACGACAAGCUGAGCCGUUCUAUCCGCCAGUAUUACAAGAAAGGCAUCAUCCGGAAGCCAGACAUCUCCCAACGCCUCGUCUACCAGUUCGUGCACCCCAUCUGAGGGCUGCAGGCCAGGCCCUAGGCCUGAAACUCGCCCUCGCCAGACCUCCCUCCUGCCCACCCCUGCCUCUGCCGGACCCUGAGCUGAGGGAGACUGCAAUCUCCUGGCGUCGGAGUCUUAGGUCCUGGAGGGGACGGCCCUCUGCUUCCAGGGGCGUAAAUGAGUUCUCCGGGGCCCGGGGGACCCCAGGGUGGGAGUGCUUCCUCCUCGGGCCUGACUGCUCACAUGCCCAGUUCCCUGGAAAAUGGAAGGAGACAGGGCUGUCCUCAGUGUUCAUGGCUCCCCAGGGAAGGCCAUCCCUCCACCCCAGCCUCUGACCCCAGAAUUUCCAGAGCAGAGCCGACAGAAUGACAGUGACUUAGCCAAGGCCACUAGCAGUCCAGUGCUCCCUGCUUGGCGUGGUGCUAGGAGGCAUCUGUGCCCCCGAGUCGGGAAGCCUGGGGUGCUCCUGGGAACGGAUAAUAAAGAUAC